CGUAUCGCGUUUUACAUUAAUGAUUUAAAAAUUGAUUUCGCUGUUGGUGGUUUUAUGUGUUCCAACAAAACAAACCAAAAUUGCUUAGUUUUUAUAUGUAUCAAUUUUGUGUCAUUUUAGCCAAACGCGUUCUGAAAGCGAGUUUUAUAUCUGAAUUAUUAUACACGCAAGAUGGUUCAAAUGGCACCAUCAGUGGAUUUUUAAACGUCAAUUUGUUCUCUGUCCUGCUCUCGCUGACUGACUUGCUACUCGUUUUGUUGCUGACUUAAUGAACUCUUAAUGGUAACACAGCCCACUGCAUUCGAAGUCGACGUGACGUCAUCAGAGUGUAUCUAUAUCACAUAUAUCUCGUUUUUUAAUUACUACGAAAAUUAACAGAGACAUAGCAUGUGAUUUAGAUCUCGCCAAAACAAUAAAAUUAAGAGAAAAAAGAAAAGUCAGUAAGUUUUUAACUGACCAAGUGAAUCAGACCUGCACAAUUGGUUGCCUUAAUUUUUCUAUGCAUAAAACAUCUGUUGAAGGCUCGAAAAAAACUAUCAUUUUGGUGUUACUGAAUCAUAUCUGUUCAAAAUGAAUUACAUUGCAAAUGGUACAAACAGCUGGCUUGUUAUUAUUUUAACAAUUAUUACAAAUCCUUUGUUGUCUUUUGCUUCCGAAAAUUCUACCACGACCACAGUCAAACCCGCUCGAGGUCCAACUGAACCCACGAGUGAUGUCGUGUCGGAUGAUGACGUAAGCGAUGAUUCGGAGACGAACGCAAGACAUACUGCUAUUGUCUAUUUCUGCUUAUUCAGUCUACUAUUAUUACACAUGGCUUGCGUAAUCAUAGCUUGCAUGUUAUGCUUCCGACAUGCAAUCAACAACUCGGGCUGGUUUGGCAACCGAAAUGGUACACGGGAUGAAGAAAAUACGACCGGAAACAACGCUGCGUCGCGAGAUUCUCUCGAUGAGUACUUAGUGUUCACGAAGUCUGUUCAGAAAGAUUUAUUUCUAAGUUUCGACUCGCCGAAAACUUCGCCCUACCGAAUCGAGUUUGUUCAUCAUGAGCAUCAGAGCCGACAACCAAUCAAAGUUCCCUUUGUUGGCUAUGACUUGCCGAAGUUUGUUGAAACAACUGGUGCUAAAGACUCGGAUAAACGAAUCUCUACAUGCGAAGAUUCCCGAGUAACUAUCAACCCCUCGGGCAUUUCAGUUUCAGGGAUAGACAAUCCGAUAUUUAACGAUGACAGUCUUGAAAACGAUCUGGAACCAACUCAAGACAGCUCUGGAUCUGCUGGGGUCAAUAGGACUGCAGACGAUGUGUUAACCAGAACUAGAACUGAGUUGAGACGAUCGGAAUCCGCUCUUCCCGAUAUAAAGACGCUCGAAAAGAUCAGAGGCACUUUGACAAUUCGGAGCAAAGCUGGCUCAACUCGGAGUCUGCGUGGUUUUCUCGGCUCAUUCGGAGCAAUGGCAUCUACCUCGGAUGCGCCCGUUUCUCGUUCCCGCGUUGCGACCGACAACUCUCCCCCCGUUGAAGUAGAAAUGACGCGGAAGUUAACUUGGACCUGUCCUAUUUGUCUAAUUGAAGAAGAUGCUGGUCAAACCGCCGGAAAUGGGAGUGAUAUCAUCAACUUUAGCAGGGAAAACUUGCCUUGUUCACACGUUUUUCACAUGUGCUGUUUGGCAGACUUGACUAGACAUACGCUCAAGUACAAGAAGCCGUUCUCGUGUCCAAUGUGUCGGAAAAAAUUUUCUGUCUCACUGGUGAAGAAAACCGCAUCGGAAAAAAGGAUUCAUCUCUACGGAAAUUUUUGACAUCAUAAUAGAAUAAUAGAAAACUCCACUAAAAUUUGCCGUUGAUUUGGUAUGAAACUGUUUGCUGCUAAUUGCGAAAGGUUAUUUUGCAAUCCGGCAAUUCGUAACGACGGUCGAUGGUUCUGAAUUUUUACCAAGGCGAUAAUUAGCAAAAUUCUUCAUUUUAAAUUUGUAAACAUGGAUUUUUAUGUUAAUUAUUUUUUCGGAUAAUUCUUAAGCGGUCAAAAUUAUGUUCUGACUACUGGAAAAGUGGAAAGCAGUUUUCAAGAAAUAAAGGAGGAUUGUUUACUUUUUAAAAUUCCCUAAUCAAAAUUAACAUCUGAUAAUUUCAAAUUCUAAUUGCAAUUGAAUUUA